CACACAUUGACACAUCUGUAUACAACUCAAGAAGUCUUCUUGAUACAACUAUACAACCGAAUAUUCUUGGUAGUAUAUUUUGAGGGUUAUUACAUAUUUAUUUUGAAAAGUCGACAUUUGCAAAACAAUUUGAAAAUUGAAUCGGCGGAAGAAUAUUCUUUUGAUCGAAAUUGUAAUUCAACAAUUUUUCUGUUCAAUUUUGUUUUUAUUACGUAUUGUAAUUUUUUAUCGGUGAGUGAAAAACACACGAAAUGCAGUGGGAAAAUUAUAUCGACAAUGAUGAUACUGACGAUUAUGACUCGGAGGAAGAUUAUCUUAGUGAUGAUGAUAGUGACAAAGAUGAGGAUGAAUUUUUUCGUUUUUAUAGACUAUUAAAAUACUUGAGUACUUUGAGGAAUGAAGAUAUUAAGUCAGAAGAAAAUGAAGAAAACAAAGUAUUCUUGUUUGACGAAGUAGCAGAAGUUCUCCUAAAGAUUCUUGAUUUUCUGAUAAAAAAAGGUGCGGAUAAUAAUGUCAAUGAUGUUAACGUUGAAGUGGCUGAAUUUCUGGCCAAGAUGGAUGUAGAUGAAAGAAAGGCAGCUCUUAAAGUUGCGAUUCAAAAGGGAAAAUUAGAAAUGGUUAAAUUAUUCAUGUCGAAUGGAUUCGACAAGCUUGAUGUUGAACAUUAUAGUUGUGAAACACCCUUAGGUGUCGCAGUAGUCCAUCGACAGUUGGACAUUUUGAAAUAUUUGCUUGAAAGUGGAUUAAAGAUAAAAGAAGAUCUCAUCAAUUUAUGUACACAUGAUAAACAUAUAGAUAUUUUGAAAUUUUUAUUAGAUUUCGGCAUAAAACAAGAUUGUGUUGAAGAUUCUUUACUUGAUUUAUCAUUUUCAAAAGACAAAUUGAAACUUUGGAGGUACGUAUUAACCUGUAAUUCGAAAAUUGAUGCUGUUUUAACGUCCAAGGAAACUGAAUUUCAUUCCGCUGUGCGUGCUAAUCAAAUUGAAAGUGUAAAAGAAAUCCUGAACAAGGUAAAUCCUCUACCUCGAGAAUUGGGACAGUUUGCAGUCUACAUUGCCGUUGAAAAUGGAAACGAGGAAAUGCUGAAAACUCUCCUAGAAGCAGGUUGUUCGGUCGAGAGUUGUUUUAAUGACAAAUUAACUCCUCUUCAUGUUGCAGCCACAUUCGAACAUACGCGUUUGGUGGAAAUUCUUCUGAAAUACGGUGCGAAUGUUAAUUCAGAAACAACAGGACACUUCGUUCCAUUGGAUUUUGCAGUAGCUACGAGACAUUUAAAUAUGAUUAAAUUGCUCUUAGCUUCUGGUGCGAAUCCCAUUAAAGAUCAGCAAAAUUAUUCAUUACUGAAGUAUCUACUAAGAGACAAUAAAAAAGAAUCAAUUACACCUUCAAUGUUUGAAAAUAUUUUAAAAAUAACAGAGUUGUUAUUAGAUGUCAUUGCUCUCAAACAUGAAAACAAAUACCAUAUUCAUAGAUUAUUGAUCAAUGCCUCCAAUUUAAGAAUUUCUCAAAUUUCUGACAAAAACGACCAAAUUUCGAUCAGUGACAUUGAAGAGGAGAAAAAGGGUGUAUUUCGUCCUGAAAUUGUGAGAUGCUUGCUGAAUUAUUUAACGGGAAAUAUACUUGAAGUUGUUCUGAAUUUACAAUUAAAUUUGAAUAACAAUUCAAGUAUGAUUGACAUUUGUAUCGAAUACUACAAUUCUAAAGUUUUACAAGCAGGUCCUUUUUACUUGGUAAAGAAUUGGAGUUGUUUUUUUGUAAUUAAUCAAAUAGAGAACGACAGUCAACUUUUCACCAUGGCACUAUCCCUAAACUAUAGUGAUUCUGUUUCUAAAAGAACCAGGAAAGAAACUGAACUUUUUAAAUUGAUAAUUGCACGUCUAGAAUUGCUACCAUCUGGUUCCCAGAAACUAGUUGAUCAUUUCCAUUUCAGAAAAGAUAUAUUAAUUAUUAAAAAAUUUCAAAAUAAAUGUCGACAACAGAUAAUAAUUAUGCAAGAAACCAAAGUUAUCGAUGACUUAAAUGUGACUUUUCACGAUAUUCUAGUAAAGUCUACUGAUGAAAUUGCGAACUACGUGAGAAAUGAGAAGUUAUUAAAUACCAUUGAAUUGUCGUACGGCAAAUUUCCUGUGUAUGCGAAAUUUUUAACAUUGCGCAUUGAGCAAGCAAAGCGUAAAAUUGAUUUAAUUGACAUGUCUAUGAAUUGUUUGUUAAAUUACAUUAAAAGAAAUUAUAAAAUUCAAAUCUCAGUUUUUGAUUUAGGAGAAAUUUUAAAAUUUCUUUCAAUGAGUGAUCUUCGAAAAUUAUCAACAGUAUUUUCUAAAUUAUAUUAACGCUAUAAAAAGGAGUGAUUAUUAAUCAACGAUGAAAGAUUAUGUAAAAUUUCAAAAAUCUCGCAACUCAGAGUUUAUAAAUUUUUUUCUUUCAAUUGGACUAAAAUGUUAAACAAAAUGUUUUUUUGUUAUCGAUUUCUUGCAUUGACUGCAACAAUAAUUGUACUUUCCAUAUUAUACUCUUUUGUACUUUAUAUUAUAUUUUUGUACCUACUACUGUAUUAUAAUUGAAACAUUAAAUUAUUUUUUUAGAAUUAAAAUU